CAAAUGUAUCAUUGAGUUUUUUUGCACCCUAAGAUCUCGGGUCCCCAGAAAUAAAACGCCAUCUAUUCAAUCGUCAAGUCACGAACAAAGAGAGUUAAAUUCUCUUUGGUCGUGAAUAUCUGUACUUUUGUAAUCCGAUUGAAGACGCAAUUUCAAGACGAAACAUGCGUUACCACAUACUGCAAAUGAGGCUGAGACAUUGUGAUUAAAUGUUGAAUUCGUUCGUCUUCAUUUUAUGAUUGUUGACCUUUGCCCCGUGAAACAUAUGGACUUUGCGUAUCGGAAGAAAUACUUGCCACGAAAAACAAAGCCGAAAUCUCGUUAGAAUUUCAAUAAUUGAAAACUGAUCGCGUGAAUUAUCUAACAUGGAUUAUUUAACAGACUCCGAGUGGCUGAGCAAUAAUGAUUUGUACUUAUCAACUGCACCGAGUCCUUCAGCUGCGCGUAAUAACGAGAUUCGAAGAGGUGCUGGUAUCUUGGGAACAAUCUUCUUAAUUGUAAACACUACAUUGGGCGCUGGUUUAUUAAAUGUUCCACAGGCUUUUGAUAAGGCUGGUGGAGUAGGAACUUCUGUCAUAGCACAGUUUGUUUUUCUUAUAUUCAUCACAUCGGCACUGGUCAUACUAGCCAGCUGUAGUGAUAGUACAGGCAGCAAUACCAUGCAAGAUGCAUUUGCUGCAUUAUGUGGAUAUAAAUAUCUUAUUUUCUGUGGAAUUUGUGUAGCUAUUUACAGUUUUGGUUGCUGCUUAACGUUCCUAAUAAUUGUAGGCGAUCAAUUUGAUAGAGUCUUUGCUACAUAUUAUGGUUUGGAUUAUUGUCAUACUUGGUAUUUAUCCAGACCAUUUGUGACAGCUUUAUCCUGCAGUAUAUUUAUAUUGCCUUUGUGCUUUUUUAAAAGAUUGGACAUUUUGAGUUAUGCAAGCUCCAUUGGAUGCAUAACCAUAAUAUAUGUUAUAUGGUUAAUAAUUUAUAAAAGCAUUACACAACAGACUGAUACUGUACCACCUAUAAAAAUUUGGCCAGACAAUGGAUAUGAAAUUUUACAAAUAAUACCCAUCAUUUGUUUCGCUUAUCAGAGUCACAUGACCGCAAUACCAACUUAUGCCUGCAUGAAGGACCGUCAUCUGGGAAAAUUCACUCUGUGCGUCGUGAUUAGUAUGCUGAUUUGUUUUGGUGCAUACAGUAUCGUCGGUUAUUUUGGCUACCUCACAUUUGGCAGUGGUAAGGUACCGAGCGAUAUCUUACAAGGCUACACCGAGAAGAGCGUCGUACUGACUGUGGCGAUAAUCGCAGUCGCCAUCAAAAACUUCACCACUUAUCCCAUCGUUCUAUACUGCGGACGAGACGCGCUUCUCGGUAUUUUCAACGUUAAUCUCGAUCGAAUUGGCGUUCGUGUAGCUGUCACAUUGGUUUGGUUUAUCUCAUCAUUGGUAAUCGCCAUUCUCGUACCGGAUAUCUCACCGAUUAUCAAUUUACUGGGAGCAUUAUCUGCCACGUUCAUCUUCGUACUGCCAGGUAUCUGCCUCUUGCAAAACAUACUUCUUAAGGAUUCAGAAUUGUACUUGAACAAAAACCGUUUAUUGAUCGUCUUUGCCAUUUUCCUGACUGCACUCGGCGCUUUCGUAUGCGGCUUCGUAUUUCUAAAGACUCUUCAGGAUCUUUACAAAAUACCGUCUAAAUUGCCGCCAUUGGUCACCGGUUUUAGGCAGUUUAAAGAAAGUCUAUGCGUAUGAAUAUUACUCGAAAUACAUAUAUUGCAUUUAUUUUUCUACGAAAAAUUAGAUUUUAUAUUAUUGUUAACGAUGAUCUGUCUCAUCUGUAUCAUGUUGUACAUGGAGCGUACAUGUGAAUGGAAUCGAACUGCCGAUAGAAAAUAAAAUUAAGGAAAUCGAUCUGUAAUUUUGCCAUAUUUUCUUUUACUUUUUGUAACGUUCAGAUAGAUACGAAUAAGACUGAUAUAAUUUUUA